GAGCUUUAUUAAUCAGCGCACGAUCCGUGCGCACCAUCGAUAAUUAUUUUCGUUUACGCUGAAGUAGUUCCUAUUUGACGUGUGCUGUGGAGAACGGCUACAUUUGACGCUUUCAACUUAGGACUCCACACGACACCAAAAGUGGUAGCCACAUUGCCGCGACGAAACCUCGAGAGCGUUGCUUCGAAGCCAAACGAAGCGUACUGACGACUCAAUCGUUUCGUGGCAAUGAAGAAGACCGCUAAGGCACCAGUUGGUUGCAUCUGGAUCCCUUUAACAACUUUCUUUCUCCCGAGUAUGAUGCACGAGUCGUUUUGACGAAACAAUUGCAUCAAAUAUCGUCCCAACGACUACAAAAGUGACACGGACAAGUGAGGAGCCAUAGUGGUCCACCCCCUACCUCGAGUCAUCAAGUGCGCGAAAAUGAUCUUGAAGUCGACGUUCCGUGAGAGUUCACACCUCUCCAUGCAAUCCGGACCGGCAGGUGGGUCUACACUCGUUCCCUCGUCGUCACUAGCAUUUCCUCUAUCCAUUCCUCAAUUUCCGCUCGACAACUCAAGCGCCUUCCACCUCCAUGUCGACUCCCAGCGCGAUUUUCCGGUCGUCGAGACCCAAUUCUCGACAAUCCCGCGACGCUUUUCGUCGAACGCAGCCAGACUCGAGUCUUUCAAGCAGCAGAUUCGGCCAUUCCCAGCGAGUCAACGAUGCCGUUCAGCUCUCCCCCCAGCGGAAGGCGGAGAUGCUGAUGCUAAUGCAAGAUACGGAGCAUGACGUGGUCCAUUCCAUGAUAGGGGACCACGAGGUUUUGACGCUCUGGAAGCCUCAUAUGCACAAGAACGGUAUCGACUACUUUGUGGAUGAAAAUGUGGGUAAAGGACUCACUCGAUUCUGCUGUGUGGGGCAAACGAACGCCCCCGUUCCCGACAUUAUGGAGAUGUUCAUGGUCACCAACACCGAGACGCUGCUCAAGAACGUACGCAUCAUGUACCGUAACGUGAAAGAAGCCAAGAUCUUGUCGCUUCUUGAGCCAGCGACGCGGUCGUACCCCUUUAGGUCCGUCUACAUCCGAUACGCGAGCUUCGACACGCCCACGCUCAUGAGCGGGCGUGACAUCUGCGUCUGUGUAUGCACCAACAUCAUCGAGAUGGACGACGGCUCCACAGUUGGCUACUGUCUCUGGAGUUCCGUGGACAUUCCGGAAUGUCCCGACAGAUUCGACUCGGAUAAAAUAAUCCGCAGCAGAAUGUGGAAUUCCGGUUUCUUUUUCCGAAAUUCGGGAGAGAAGAACGCGUUGACCAAAGUCUGUUAUAUCAUUGGCGUCGAGAUUCGAGGCGUUGCUCCACAGUUAACCGGUCGAAUCUACAUGAGCAUCUUCGGAGGGAAUUGCCGUCGAGUUUGUCAGCACUACAGGAAGCGGUUCCUGAACCCGGAGAGCUUCAAACACCGCACAAAGUGGACGCCAAAGAAUGAAAUGCUAGAGUGCAAUGUGUGCGGUCGAGUGUUCAACCCAUUGACGAGGAAAUACAACUGCGAGAAAUGUGGAGAAGUGGUCUGUGGACGUGAAAAAUGCUUUUUCAUGGAAGAGGUGAGUGUGCGUGGGGCAGGGAUCACUCGCGUUCGUAUCUGCGAGUUUUGUUUGCGGGAGGAGGGAAUGUAUGCGUGGCAUCUUCGUGGUAUUGGAGGUCGUGACAGGCUCGACGGCUUCAACAGCGACGGAUCUGGAGUCAGAGAUCUCCUACGUGAUGACUCCGUGUUGAGUGGGAGCGACGACGUGACACCGUGA